AUGCUCCAUCUGGUAAUUUUACUGCUAGCUUCAAGUGGCGUCACUCUGUGCUCACACAUUGAUCGAGAGUAUUACCUGGUAAACAAGGAUAAGAGUUGGGAUGAGGCCCAGAGGUACUGCAGAGAGACCUACAUGGAUCUCGCUACCAUUGGCAACCGGGAUGACCUGAAGAGGUUCAUGGACAUCGCAGAAGCCAGUGGUGUGAGUAGAGAAGCCUGGAUUGGUAUGAGAGAGGGCGGAGCGGCCUCCUGGAUGUGGUCUGAAGGAGAAACUCAGACCGGUCCCGGAUUAGCUGUGUACACUAACUGGGCCAGAGUACCUGAUCCCUCUCACCACUGUGGCAGCAUGAGGGAAGAUGGGAAAUGGAUCAGUACCCUCUGUGAAACAACACUUCCUUUUAUCUGUCAUGAAGAUGGGAAGUCCAGUGGGUUUUAUGUUGUCAAACUAGAGAAGUCAUGGAGGCAAGCCCAAAAGCACUGUCGCCUGAGAGCUGUUGACUUGCCUAGUGUGAGGAGCCACAUUGAAAACCAGAGAUGA